AUGUCUUUACUCGAGUCCUCAACGAGGUUGACGGCGCGGACAACGAGGUAUCUGCGUACGGUUCGACACACACCACGAAACCCACGCAUACAAGAGAUUCUCUUGGCUCGACACUUCUCCUCCUCGCAUCGGCGCAGUGAGGUCAACAAGAUUGUAGCCUCCCCGGAAGAGGCUAUCAAAGACAUAAAAAGUGACAGCGUACUGUUAUGUGGUGGUUUCGGUCUUUGCGGUGUACCGAACACACUCAUCGAUCAGGUUGCAGCUACACCAUCAAUUACAGGCUUGACAGUCGUUUCCAACAAUGCUGGUAUACCAGGACAAGGACUAGGCAAGCUGCUGGACAGCAGACAAAUCAAGAAAAUGAUUGCUAGCUAUGUGGGGGAAAACAAAGUUCUGGAAAAGCAAUAUCUUACCGGUCAGAUUGAGAUGGAGCUUACACCGCAGGGCACGUUAGCGGAGCGAUGUGCAUCUGGUGGAAAGGGUAUACCGGCUUUCUACACACCAGCUGCUGUUGGAACGGUCGUGCAAACUGGUGAGCUACCACUGCAGCAUAACGCAGAUGGAACGAUAAAGCAUUUUGGCAAGCCGAGAGACGUGAAGACCUUCAAUGGUAGACAAUAUGUUAUGGAAGAGGCAAUCCCAGGCGAUGUUGCUUUUGUUAAAGCUUACAAAGCUGACAAGCUGGGUAACUGCCAGUUUCGAUUGGCAGCGAACAACUUCAACGGCGCAAUGGGACGAAAUGCCAAGAUGACCAUCGUCGAGGCCGAACAUAUUGUCGAGGUUGGAGAGAUAGACCCAGUUGCUGUUCACCUUCCAGGCAUCUACGUGAAGAAAGUCAUACAGUCUACUGCAGAGAAGAAGAUCGAGAAAUAUACAAACAGAAAAGAGGAGGGCGCAGAUGUCAAAGAUAGCCUCGGAGGCUCUGGCAAGCGAGAACAAAUUGUCAAGCGAGCUGCGCUGGAGUUCAAGAAUGGCAUGUAUGCCAAUCUGGGUAUUGGCAUGCCUAUGUUGGCUCCCUCUUACGUUGACGCGAGUGUCGACGUGAUUCUACAAAGUGAGAACGGCAUUCUUGGUUUGGGGCCUUACCCCAAGAAAGGGGAGGAAGAUGCCGACCUCAUCAACGCUGGCAAGGAGACUGUCACGUUGAACCCGGGCGCUUCUACCUUUGGAUCAGAAGAAUCUUUUGGCAUGAUCAGAAGUGGCAGAAUCAAUCUGACCAUGUUGGGCGCUAUGCAAGUCAGCGCUCGAGGAGAUCUCGCCAACUGGAUGUUGCCGGGCAAGGUCAAGGGUUUCGGCGGUGCUAUGGAUCUCGUGUCCAACCCAGCAGCCACGAAAGUGGUCGCCCUACUAGAGCACACGGACAAGAAGGGCAACCCAAAGAUCUUGAAGCAGUGCGAGUUCCCAUUAACUGGACAGAAAUGUGUGAGCAGGAUAAUUACAGAAUUGGCUGUUUUUGACGUCGACUUCACCGACGGACUCACUUUGAUCGAGGUUGCAGAAGGUGUCACGGUCGACGAGAUUAGAUCGAAGACUGAGGCACCAUUCAAGGUUGCUGAUGAUUUGAAGACUAUGCAGCAAGCAUAG